AGAUGUACGCGUCCCCAAGCACACUUAUUUUAAGGCCACAAAACAAAAAGAGAAUACAUAAAUUUCAUUGCACCUAAUACAGUACGAAUAAUCACAUACCCUUUGAAAAGAAGAAGCUCAUCAGUGAUGAUACAAGAAAGACAACAAGGUGGGGGUGCACCCCAUGGCGUUCUUCUUGCAGUGGUGGUAGUAAUCGUGGUCAUAGUGCCCUUUCUCGUUGGGGAUCAAGGGGAGGCCAUUACCGAAGCUAUAUCGGAGCUCCUAAGCCCGUUGGGUCUUCUCCUUCUACCCAUCAUUCUUCUCCUCACCAUACAGUUCCUUUCCUCCGAUCGUGGCUCUUUCAUCUCCACCCUUUUUUCCACCGGCGAACCCGACACCAUCCACCGGGUCAGCGGGUCGCCCUUCGGCGUUGCCCUCUUCCUCAUCCUCAUUCUCUUCCUCUUGUACAACCGGGUCUCCAUCUUCGGCGGCGAUGAUUCCGAUGAAUGAAACGAGGAGUGCUUUGUUUAAUUUUUGUGGAUCUGCCUUUCACUUUUGUUUUGUACACGCUCGCACGCACGCUGGCUAUUGUAUAUGUAGAUGUAUGUAUGUACCUAUUCUUUUUUAAUUGCAUGUAUUGACAUGGAAUUGUGGGGAAUGGUAAUAACAAAUUCAUGAGAAUAGAAGGUUGAAGUUGAAUUGCUUUAUUUUUUUUGCCUUUUUAGUUUCAAGUACCAAACAAUAC